AUGGAGCUAAAGGAGGAAUGGAUCCUACCGGACGCGGUGUACGAAAGUCCGCUACUCAAGCGUACCCUGCUAGGGCUCAGAUACUACGGCCUGUUGCUGGGCCAGUCGCAACCGCUCAAGAAAGCCCACUGUCUGCGGGGUAUGGUGUUUACCGUGUCGAUGAUACUGUUCAACUGCACGCAGUACGUCGAUCUGUGGCAGGUGUGGGGAUCGGUAUCGGAUAUGACGGCAAACGCGGCCACCACCCUGCUCUUCACCACGACCAUCUUUCGGAUUAUCUUCUUCUACCUUCAUCGUGCAAGGUUCAACGACAUUAUUAAGGUCGCUCAUACCGGAAUCGAGCGAAUCCUCGGUGACGGUUGGGACGAUGAGAAGGACAUAGUGACGAGCAAUGUGCGCUAUCUGAGCAGACUUGCGGUUGUGUUUUGGAGCUGUGCGCUGGUAACGGCCAACAUGAUGUGCAUUUACUCGCUGGUGCUGUAUCUGAUGUACGACGGUCCGGUGGAAGGGCAGCGAAACUCGACCGUGUCGUACAGCACCUCGGUGCUGCAACAGUAUCCAACACCGAUUCUACGCUCCUGGUAUCCUGCAGCCGAUGGAAAGGCUAACCAUUUCCUCGAGAUUUACCUGAUCCAGCUGUACAUCAUGUACGUGGGACAGUUGAUCGUGCCCUCGUGGCACAUGUUUAUGGUUACCCUGAUGAUUUACGGUCGGACCGAGUGUAGCGUGCUAAAUCAUCGGCUCUGCUUUCUCGACCGUUACCAUAAGUUGGGCCAGAACACACCGAAACCAAGCGGGCCCGAUUCUGUCGACAACACCGAACGUCGUACGCUUAUAAUCGAUUGCAUUAAACGGCAAGCGAACCUGGUUGCGUUCACGCGGGAACUGGAGCAACUAACACGGGCGGCCGUUUUUUUGGACUUUGUCGUAUUUUCCGUACUGCUGUGUGCGCUACUGUUCGAAGCCUCCAUGACCACUUCCGGGGUGCAGGUGUUUAUCGACGUUUGCUACAUUACCACGAUGACGACCAUUCUGUUUCUCUACUACUGGCACGCGAACGAGAUACAUGCUUGCGCCAAUCAGCUGUCGAUGUCGGCGUACAAAAGUGACUGGUAUCGGUACGAUCGUGGCACCAACCGCAUGCUGCAGAUAUUUAUCCUGUACAGCAACCGGCCGCUGAAAAUGCAAGCCUUCUUUAUUUCCAUGUCGCUCGACACGUUCUUGGCGAUUCUACGAGCCUCGUACAGCUACUUCACUAUUUUAAAACAGCUAACCGAUUAAUGGGAAUGGUGGAGGUGUCUGCGUUGAAGAUGUUGAAAAAAAAAAACUGUAGCAAUUCAAUUUGGACG